CGGAGGAGGCGGCUUCCCUCGCCGGGGCGGCGGCAGGGGCGGCCCCGGAUCACAUGGGCGGAGGCAGGUCCCGGAGCCCCGGGCGGCUCUCCCCAGAGUUGGGCAGGCGGCAGCGGCUGCGGCAGCGGGAGCGCCGGCGUCACCUCGCCCUCCCUUCCCUUCUGGACCCGGCCGCCUAGCCCGACAGAGCAUCCAGUGGGGGCCAGACUCCGCCUCUCAUCUUCUCUUCCUCAGGUAUGAAGCUGACCGUGGACGUGGUGGGGCCGGCGCCCUGGGGCUUUCGUAUCACCGGGGGCAGGGAUUUCCACACACCCAUCAUGGUGACCAAGGUAACGGAGCGGGGCAAGGCUGAGGCUGCUGACCUUCGGCCUGGCGACAUUAUUGUGGCAAUCAACGGGGAGAGUGCAGAGAGCAUGCUUCAUGCUGAGGCCCAGAGCAAGAUCCGGCAGAGCCCCUCCCCACUGCGGCUGCAGCUGGACCGGUCCCAGGCUGCCUCUCCUGGGCAGACCAAUGGGGAAAGCUCUGUGGAGGUGCUGGCUACACGUUUCCAGGGCUCUGUGAGGACACACAGUGACAGCCAGUCCUCCCUGCGGUCCUCCUGCUCCAGCCCAGCCUCCCUCAGUCCGCGGGCAAACAGCCCCUUAUCUACCCAGUCCCCCACCAGCCUGCACACUGUCCCUGGAGAGGCGGUGAUCAGCCGCAGUUUCCAGGUCUUGGCACACCCCCCGGGACUCAUUGCUGCUGACCGUCUGUCCUAUGGGGGCCACUCUGGAAGCCGACAGGCAGGCCUCGGCCGCGCUGGCGACUCAGCUGUACUGGUGCUGCCGUCCUCCCCAGGCCCCCGAUCCUGCAGCCCCAGAUUCAGUGUGGAGUCGGACAGGGGAAGCCACGUCCUGGGAGAGGAAUCAGAAGUCUUCAAGAUGCUGCAGGAAAAUCGUGAGGGGCGGGUGGCUCCCCGGCAGUCCAGCUCCUUUCGGCUCUUGCAGGAAGCCCUGGAGGCUGAGGAGAGAGGUGGCACACCUGCCUUCCUGCCCAGCGCGCUGAGCCCGCAGGCCUCCCUGCCUACCUCCAGGGCACUGGCCACCCCGCCCAAGCUCCACACGUGUGAGAAGUGCAGCACCAGCAUUGCGAACCAGGCUGUGCGUAUCCAGGAGGGGCGGUACCGCCACCCGGGCUGCUAUACCUGUGCUGACUGCAGCCUGAACCUGAAGAUGCGUGGGCACUUCUGGGUGGGGGAUGAGCUGUACUGCGAGAAGCACGCGCGUCAGCGCUACUCAGCAACCCCCACCUUCAACUCCCAGGCCUGAGCGCCAGCUGCGCUGCCAGCCCGCCUUGGACUCGGUGGGCACCGCCACGCCCAGGCCAUGCCAAUAGCAAGUUGGCAUGGAAGGGAGAUGGUGGGUGGUGGGGCCCCUUCCUCCUCGCUGGGUGAGGCCAGAGGCUGGGGCCUGUCUUGGGCUGUGGGUGUGGGCAGCCUUCCCUUCCCAGGACUUUGUAGAUAUUCUUGCUUCCCCGCUGCAGGACAGGCUGUGCACCAAAGUCUGAGGUGUGCUCUGCAUGGGACGUCUUUGUGCAACAGGGGUUAAGCAGGUUGGGUCACGGAGAUUAGUAUCUAGAAGGAGAGGGGUGGCCCAGAGACUAAAGGUAUUCAGUGUAUAAAGUUUCCAGCGUGUGAGCUCGGUAAAUAUAUAUAUAUAUAUACAUGAACGAAACCAAGUAGCUGCCCCGCUUUCCUGCCCUUUCCUGCCCCGGGCCCUGGGGAUGAGCUUCUCUCUACCACUAGGUGGAGAGGCUUUAUUUACAUAUUUUUUUUCCCUCUUAUUUCCCCCCUGACACCCUCACCCCACCAGGUGCUUUACCAUGUGACACCCCUGUUGAAAAGGCUGCUUCUUUUAGCCUGGACCCUUUUGUGAAGAUGUCUGUUUUCCUGGUAUGGUCCCUGACACUUUACAGGAAUAAGUUGCUCACCCGGAGCCUGAGGAGGGGAAGGGAUGCAGGAAGCAGGCAGCAGAAACUCAGGAGGUGGCCCCAGACCCAUCCACGUGACCAUCUCCUGGUCCACCAGCACUGGCUGGGCUACAGCUCUCUGUGCCCCUUGCUGUACUUGAUGUGGUUGCUGCCAGCCCUGCUGACUUACCCAAAGGAUGGGCAGAACAGGGUACCAUCCAGAGUACCUCCUUCACUCAACGAACCUGUCUGUACCCACUUGAGAAAGAUAAUCACCAGAAGUCACUUGGGACAGGGCUGCAGGUUAGGCUUCCCUGGUGGGGGGCAACCCAGCAGAGCCCCCACCCUGAGGGACCACCACCCACUGAGGGCCUCACCAGUGUGUCAGGGUUGGUCUGCCCACAACUUCCUCUGGGAGACCCCGCUGGCUUCAUUGGUGGUUGAUUGGAAAAAUAAAACAAGAAGCAAUGCAUGGUCAGUGCUAGGUAA